GGUCGAGAGACAGGGAGAGUUGUUGCCAUGGCGUCCAGAGAGAACAGCAUCCAGAUAGCAGGGGUACUGGACGGCGAGCCAGGGUGUGCUCUGUCCCCGGAGCCGCUUCUCGUUGGUGUCCCGUCGCGGGCCGCCGGCGCUAGUGAGCUAGCUCAUGCCGCUUUUUUUAUGGAGGCCGCCGUUGUCGUCGGCGGCGCCAGGAAGCUGACCAUCAAGGACGCGGCCGCGGCUGCUCACGCUGAGACGCCGUGCUUGCCGGGCUCGCCGUCGGGGCUCUACCUCUCUCAGGCGCAGCUUGGCCUGCCGACGUCAAUCCGCGCGUGCAACCCCGAAAUGGGCGAGAAUCGGGUGCUGCCGAGCGAUUCAAAGCUCGAAGGUCACAUCACUGCCGAGCCGCGGCUGAUGAAGCAGACCCAGCACCACUCGUGGAGAUCCCUGGUAGGAGGCGGCGAGGCACCAGCGCUGCUGCGGAGCGACAGCACGCGGGAGCUGGACCGCCGGUUUGAUCACUUCAAGACCUUCUCGGGCCGCCUCGACCGGCAGCUCUCCAGCCUCCGAGGUCUGCAGCAUGGCCUGCCACCAGUUGACAUCGAGCAUGGUGCCGCGCCCAAUACCUCCGGUGAGGACACCGACGAGGAAAACAUAGAACCUUCAGCCGAUCGCUACUUCGCCGCCCUCGAAGGCCCCGAGCUCGAGAUCCUUCGGUCAACGGAGGUGGCAGUGCUGCCUGAGGAUGAGCAAUGGCCGUUCCUUCUCCGGUUCCCGAUUAGCGCGUUCGGGAUGUGCCUUGGCAUGAGCACCCAAGCGAUGCUGUGGAAGACACUCGAGUCGGAGCACUCAACGGCAUUCCUCCACGUGCACCCCGCCGUCAACCACGUCCUCUGGUGGGCCUCUGUCGCCCUCACCGCCAUCGUCUCCAUCACCUACCUCCUCAAAGUUAUCUUCUACUUCGAGGCCGUUCGCCGGGAGUUCCACCACCCAGUGCGUGUCAACUUCUUCUUUGCGCCUUGGAUCGCUUGCCUCUUUCUCGUCAAGGGCGUGCCGCACCCGGUGUGGGAGAUCCACCACAUCGUGUGGUACCUCCUCAUGGCUCCCAUCCUCUGCCUCGACAUUAAGAUCUAUGGCCAGUGGAUGUCCAGCGGCGAGCGCCGACUCUCCAAGGUGGCUAACCCGUCCAACCACCUCGCUAUCGUCGGCAACUUUGUCGGCGCGCUUCUCGGCUCCAGGAUGGGCCUCCGAGAGCUGCCCAUUUUCUUCUUCGCCAUCGGCCUAGCGCACUAUGUUGUACUCUUCGUAACCCUCUACCAAAGGCUCCCCACAAACGUGCAACUACCCAAAGAGCUCCACCCGGUAUUUUUCUUCUUUAUAGCCGCGCCUAGCGUCGCCUCGAUGGCCUGGGCGAGCAUCUCCGGCGAGUUCAACGAUGGAGCCAAGCUCCUUUAUUUCAUCUCGCUCUUCCUCUACAUGUCGUUGGUGGUGCGCGUCAACCUCUUUCGGGGGUUCAGGUUCUCAUUGUCGUGGUGGGCCUACACGUUCCCGAUCACGAGCGUGGCCGUGGCAACAGUGUUGUAUGCGUCGGAGGUGGACAAUGUGCUAAUGCGGGUACUAGCGGUCGGGUUGUCAGGGAUUGCCGUUGUCACGAUCACCGGUGUAUUGGCCACUACCGUGUACCAUGCCUUCGUGCGCAAAGACCUCUUCCCUAAUGAUGUUUCCAUCGCCAUCAUGCGGCGCAGGCCCAAAAUCAGCAAGAUCUUCGCGCAUCUCCGCUCUUCUAGCUCGGACAUCAAGAAGCUCAACCUCUCCAUCCCUAGUUCAAAUUCCAAUUCCAAGAACGACACGUACUCCAGUGACUCAUGUUCCAACUCCAGGAUAAGCAACAACAGCGACGAGUCUCCGGUGUCACAAGGGCAUGUAUGAGCAGAGUGUUAGAUGUCCGAUGCACAAUAGGUGCAGGCAUGCAUAUCUACCACAUAGAUAUUUCCUGUUUUUUCUUCGUUCUUUUUCAUCUAUA